UUAGUGACGUAAACACACAUGGGGUAUCCAAACAGCUGAUUGCAGAGCUCGUGCAUGUGACAGUCUUACUGUGGUUGUUGUUGCCUGUUAGAUAUAACCUUGGCAUACUUAUGAUAAGGAAUUUAGGCAUUCCAAGGGUUUCCUCACACGAAGCUUCUAAGGAGGCCGAGGGAGAAGAUGGACGUCAAGACAGGCUAUGUUGCCGGUAGACUGGCGUUUAGGGGGGUUUUAUGCAGAAUCUCAGGUAUCUCUACGGCAGCCCAUUGCCAUGCUGUGAAGAAACAUUCAUGUGAGACAGUUUUCAAGUUUUCCCAGAGGUCGCUGUACCAAACCUCCACACCUGGUCAGCACAGGUGGUUCUGCCACAACUCCACACCUGGUCAGCACAGGUGGUUCUGCCACACUGCCACACCUAGUCAGCACAGGUGGUUCUGCCACACCUCCACACCUGGUCCACACGUGUGCAUUGUUGGGAGUGGCCCUGCUGGUUUCUACACAGCCCAACACAUCCUGAAAAACCACAAGACAGCCAGAGUUGACAUCUAUGAAAAGUUACCUGUACCAUUUGGUUUAGUGAGGUUUGGUGUGGCACCCGAUCACCCAGAAGUCAAGAAUGUGAUCAACACGUUUACCAACACAGCGUCCAAUGAAAGAUGUUCCUUUCUGGGGAACGUAACGGUCGGCAGGGAUGUGACGGUGGCGGAGCUAAGGCAGGCGUACGAUGCAGUCAUUAUGUCCUAUGGAGCUGAUGCAGACAAGGAGUUUGGGAUACCAGGAGAGGAUCUAUCUGGAGUUUACUCAGCGAGGGCGUUUGUUGGAUGGUAUAAUGGUCUUCCACAGGACAAACAUCUGGCCCCCAUGUUGGACACAGACACAGCAGUGGUGCUAGGGCAGGGGAACGUGGCAUUAGAUGUAGCCAGGAUAUUACUGACUCCACUCAGCAUUCUCAAGAUAACAGACAUCACAGACCAUGCAGCAGCAGCUCUAGAGACCAGCCAGGUGAAAACUGUCUAUAUUGUGGGCAGAAGAGGACCUUUGCAAACUGCCUUUACUAUAAAAGAGCUGCGUGAGAUGACCAAGCUGCCGGACUGUAGACCACUCUUAGAUCCUGCUGACUUUGCCGGACUUGAGGACAAAGUAAAAUCACUACAGAGGCCCAGAAAAAGGCUGACCGAGCUGCUGAUCAAGACAGCACAGACAGGGGGCGCAACUGCACAGGAGGCACAGAGGCUAGCCCAGGCCACUAAGGAAUGGGGACUGAAGUUUUUAAGAAGUCCUUUGGAAAUUCUGUCUUCUGAAGAUGGAAGUCGAGUGUCAGGGAUUCGGUUAGGGGUAAACCAAUUAGAGGGUUCUGACAGUUCAGCCCGUGCUGUCCCCACCGGUGAGACAGAAGUCCUGUCGUGUGGACUGGUCCUCAGAAGUAUCGGUUACAAAAGUGAACCGAUAGACGACACUGUCCCCUUCGACUCGCAGAAGGGUGUCAUACCUAAUGAAGCAGGGAGAGUCACUGGGUGCAAAGGUCUGUACUGUAGUGGUUGGGUAAGGCGGGGUCCCACUGGAGUCAUUCUGACCACCAUGACGGACGGCUUCGAGACGGGCAAGGCCGUAGUGGACGACUUGACCACCGGCAUACUUCAGCCUGUCGGAGGGGUCAGGGGUCAAGAAUGGAUCCAACCAUUGCUGCAAAAGAAAGGAAUACAAGCAGUGACCUUUGAAGACUGGAACAAAAUAGACAGUGAAGAAAUGAUGAGAGGGGAGAAAGUGGGAAAACCCAGGGAGAAGAUCUUAGAUGUGAAGGAAAUGCUACAAGUGGCACAGUCUUGAAGUUAGAAUAAGGAAAUGUUACUAUGUACAAUGUUACAUGAUGAAUGAAUAAAUGAGCAAAUAUAGCUGCCCGGUAAUCGAUAAUAAGGUGUGUUUCUAUUACAUGUAUGUAUUUACAUAUUGGCACAAUAUUAUCUACAGCAUUCUCAGGGUGGUGAGUUCAACAUCAUUUUGACACAAGUCAACAAAGAUAUGCUAAGAUAGUCAGUUAUAUCUUCAUCUGCAAACUCCAUCCAUAGACUCCAGGGGCCAUGCAUGGUUACAGUGUUUAGCUACAACAUGGGGAUAUAAGAUAAUAGGACAAAAUUCUUGAAGAAUGUGUCUUGUGUGAAAGGUAGCCAAGUGUAAACUGUGCUCUGCGGCACAGGUAUAUGUCUGCUUCAAGAUGUAUAACUUGGAUUGUGAAGCUGUUCCAGUUGCUGUAUAAAUGCGCUUUAUGUCCUACAUACCUGAGCCAUGAUAAUGUUAAAAACGGGUGUUCUGGACCUGGUGAUAUCUUGAGCUAUCACAGCAAAGCCAGUCAUCUUGUGGUCCUUCAGUAACCAUAGAAAUUCCUUUAGGCCUGUAUAGUUAUGUAUUCUGCAACCUUAUAUAAAAAGAUUGAAAUAUGGUCAGAUCACACCAUCAACUGAGCAUAGGUUUACUAAUAAUAACAUAAUAUGAUGUAAUGAGAAUUUACGGCCUUCGUAAUGGUCUUUAAACUACAGUUUUCUGUGCAGUGAUUUUUUUUAAAUGUGUCAGAGAAAAAUUCCAGGGACAAAUAAGGGACAUAUAAUUCUGGAAAAUAUAAUGGUGGACAGGUGUGCUCUCUUUGUUUUUGACGAAGGAAAUAUGAUAAGAAAUUUAUUAACCUCUUGAUUUCUGAACAUGUGGUAUUUUUGCAAUGUAGCAGAGUAGGUAGAUUGUAGCAAGGGCGUUAUAUAAACUGGGUACUUGUACUUUUCGACCUUGACAUACAAA